AUGGACCAUGCCAGAGCAGCAAUCUCUAACUUGUUUGGUGGCGAGUCAAUGUUGUACACGCGCUUCAGCAUUGCCCGGCAAACGGAUGGAGACAACAGCCAUGUGGAGAUGAAGCUGUCUGCUGAUGAUGCUGAGGAAGGAGGGGAAAUUGGGAGACCGGAGCACCUGCAUGCCGGCAUGCAUCCUCCAUGGAGGAAUGGCAAGAACAUCUGCUUCCUAGUCCUCGCAGCUGUCCUUCUCCUCUUUAUUGGUUUUCUGGUCGGCUACUUGAGUUAUCGUGGACGAAUGCAGAAGGCUAGCGGGUGUCUGGAUGGAAGUGGCAAGUGUGAGGUGACUCCUACUGCAUCUUCCUUAGCGGAUGGUGAUGAAACUGAUGAAGAAGUGGUUCCUGGACCACCUGUCUUCUACUGGCCUGAACUCAGAUCCCUGUUGUCAGGAAAGCUGUCAGACACGCACCUUGAGGACAACUUGAGGCAAAGAGCAAGUAUGUCCUCUUUUGAAGCUGGCCAGAGUAAAGAUGAGAGCACUGCUGGCUACAUUCAUGAACAGUUCAUGAGCUUCCGCUUGGAUGAAGUGUGGAAUGAUGAACACUACAUUAAGCUGCAGGUCAAAGGCAGUAGCAACAACAAAGUGUCUAUUCUGGAAGAUGGUAAAGAAGAGGAGCUGGAGAGUCCUGAUGCAUAUGUGGCAUACAGCAGUUGUGGCUCAGUUGUUGGAAAACCAGUCUAUGUGAACUAUGGACGGAAAGCUGAUUUUCAGAAGAUACAGAAUAUGGGUGUUUCACUGAAUGAAACUAUAACCAUCUUCAGAGCUGGAAAAAUAACCCUUGCUGAGAAGGUUGCAAAUGCCAGAGAGGCAGGAGCAGUUGGUGCCCUGAUGUACCUGGACCCCAAGAGUUAUGAAAACACAGAUCAGCUUGUCCCCUUUGGACAUGCCCACCUUGGAACUGGAGACCCGUUCACCCCAGGCUUCCCUUCUUUCAACCACACCCAGUUCCCAUCAGUGGAAUCUUCUGGACUACCUCGCAUUGCUGUUCAGACUAUCUCUAGAGGAGCAGCAGGCAGGCUGUUCAGCAAAAUGAAUGGAAGGGAAUGCUUUUCGGAGUGGAAAGGUGGGGUCGUGGUAUGUAGCAUGAUACCGAGUAGCACGAGCAACAUGACAGUGAAACUGAGUGUGAACAACGUCAUGGUGGACAGGAAGAUUCUGAACAUCUUUGGUGCUAUAAAGGGCUUUGAAGAACCAGAUCGGUAUGUUGUGAUGGGAGCCCAAAGAGACUCCUGGGGCCCAGGAGCAGCCAAGGCUGGUGUUGGAACUGCCAUUUUGUUGGAACUUGCCCGUGUGAUCUCAGACAUAGUGAAAAAUGAAGGCUACAAACCAAAGCGCAGCAUCAUCUUUGCUAGCUGGAGUGCAGGAGAUUACGGAGCUGUGGGUGCUACUGAAUGGCUGGAGGGGUACUCUGCCACACUGCAUGCCAAAGCCUUCACUUACAUUAACUUGGAUGCUGCAGUGCUAGGCUUGGAACACAUGAAGAUUUCUGCUAGCCCACUGCUGUACACAUUGCUGGAGAGAACUAUGAAGGGGGUGACGGACCCGAAAAAGGAGUCAGGAAGCCUGUAUGACAGAGCUGGCUCUGACUGGGUAAAAACAGUUGUUCCCCUUGGUCUGGAUAAUGCAGCAUUCCCUUUCCUGGCCUACUCGGGAAUCCCAGUGGUUUCCUUUGGUUUCUGGAAUAAAGAUGAGGAAUAUCCCUUCUUGGGCACUACUCAGGAUACUGUGGAGAACCUGAAGAUGAUUGACAAGUUGUAUCCUCUUAUGCGUGCUGCUGCAGAAGUUGCUGGACAAAUAGCUCUCAGGCUGACCCAUGAUCGUGAGCUCUUCCUGGACUUUGAGAGAUACAGUGAAGAAUUGCUAGCGUUCCAUGGGAAGUUUUUGGACUAUGAUCAGGAUGUGAAGAUGGUGGGGCUGACCUUGAACUGGCUGUAUUUUGCCCGUGGUGACUUCCAGCGAGCUGUAGAUGCACUGAAAAGAGACAUCGCAAACAGUGACAGGGAAAACAAGGUUGUCCGCAGAGUCCUGAAUGACAGGAUCAUGAAGGUGGAGUACGACUUCCUCUCCCCGUACCUCUCGCCAAAAGUUGCUCCUUUUCGCCACAUCUUCUUUGGCAAAGGCUCCCACACCCUGCAGAGUCUGCUGGAGAACCUGCAGCUGCUGAGAACCAGCAAGGACAGCGUGGACGUGAACAAACUGAAAGAGCAGCUGGCCCUGGUGACCUGGACCAUUAAAGGGGCUGCCAAUGCCUUAGUGGGUGAUAUCUGGGAUACAGACAACGAAUUUUAG